AUGCACGAUGAUCGAUUCUCUGAUUUUUUUCCCUUUUUAAAUUACCCUUUCUCCACUCUCCAUUGUCCCCCUCUCAAUGGCUAAUAACUUCUCUUUAUGUCUCAUUGCAGCCAUGGAUCGCCUUUGGUUCCAACAGAAUAUUCUUUUCCCAGAAAACCAGCUUGAACCAAAGCAAUCAUCUGUUGCAGACCAACAAGAACCAGCACCGGAAGAACAAGUGAAGAAAAGAUCAAGAAAAAGGAAUCAUAGUCGUUCACAUUCUUCAUCAUCAUCAUCGCCUCCAGCUCAAAAACGUGAUAAGAGGAUGAAUAAUCAAUGCAAACUGCGAAAAUCCACGAGUUUUAGGAGCUUGAAAGAUUUGGAACUAGAAGUGAAAGGAUUCGUGGAUUUAUAUUCACGAAAGAACACUUGAACCCGACAAUGAUCCGUGUUGUCCCUGUCAGGCUUGGAUUUCUCAGUACUAAAAGAAUGAAAAAGUACUGAAGUGAAUAUUACCGGCGGUGAUGAUAUUGGACAAGAAGAGAAGAAGAGAGUUGUUAUAAGACCAUAUUUUUCAGAGGCUUGGCUGAUUAAAAGACCCGAUUCUCCAUUGCUGAAUCAAAGAGUACCAAGGGUCUCUGCGGUUGCUGAUAUGAAGAAACAUCUCAAGUUUUGGGCUAGAACUGUUGCAUCUGUAGUUCAGCAGGAAUAAUAGUGAACAAAAAACCAGUACUAUACCUAUGGCUGCAACUAUAAAAAAAAAAGUGUCUGUAAUAUAAGCAUAAAGAUGAACCAAAUGCUCUUUCUGUCACCA